CAGAGAACGACAGCUUAGCUAAAGUUGAUAGCAGAGCUCCAGCAGACAGACAGACAGACAAGAAGGUACCUUCUUCUGUCUUCUAUUUAUUCAUUCUUUGGUAUAUUUGGCUAAAGUCGCACUCGUGCGCACUUUCCUGCCAUCAUGGCGGCCAACAGGCAGGGCAAGAUGCAAAACCUCAUCAACUACCAGAUGAGAGUGACGCUCAAUGAUGGCCGACAAAUGACCGGACAAAUGCUCGCGUUCGAUAAGCACAUGAACAUCGUCCUCGCUGAUACAGAAGAAUUCCGUCGCGUCAAGCGGAAAUCCAAGCCCGCGGCUGGCCCGAACAACGCUCCGCUCGUCGAGGCUGAAGAGAAGCGCACCCUUGGACUUACGAUCGUGCGCGGUACCCACGUUGUUUCCUGCUCCGUCGACGGUCCUCCCCCAGCCGAUCCCUCUUCGCGACUCGGAACAAGUGUGCCUGGCGCUGCGACCGCCGCUGCUACCCUCGCGGCCGGCCCAGGUAUCAGCAAGCCCGCUGGACGAGGCCUUCCUAUCGGCCUUGGAGGUCCUGCUGCUGGUGUUGGUGUUGGUGCUGGUGCUCCCCCGCCGGGUGGUUUUGGUUUCCCUCCGGCUGGUUUCCCUGGUGGUCCGCCGCCGGGCUUCGCUGGACGUGGAGCCCCUCCGGGAGGUCCCCCUGGCUUUGGUCCGCCUCCAGGAUUUGCUCCACAGGGUGCUCCUCCGGGCGCUUUCCAACCACCUCCGGGCUUCCAGCCCCCGGGACAAGGACGAGGAUUCCCUCCGCCGGGAUUCGGACGGUGAUUUGAUCGUGGGAAGGAAGAAUAACAUGGCUACAUUCGAACUCUCGACCGCGAACUGAGCACGGCUGGCUGUUCAAUUGGAGACAAGACGAGAAGGAGGAAAAGGAAAACGACAAAAACAAAAGAUCUAUCCUAUUCGACCAUGAAGAGGCCGAGCAUACCGAUAUUCUACCAGGCAAAGGCGUUACGGCGCGUGCGGUUGACAGACAUG